AUGGCAGAUUGUGAUGCAUUUAUUGCAGCGCCGUCUGAAGAGGCGUUGGAGCGUUGUACUAGAGAGCAGCUACUGAAGAUUGCAGAGCACUUCUCUAUAGUGGUAGGGGACAAACGCCUUAAAGAGAACAUUAAGGGAGAAAACAAAGACAUAGUAACUGCAGAAGUGAAAGCUGAAAGAACAGAGCAGCUGUUUCACAGACUACAUCUUCAUAUAGAUCACAGACUGAGAGCCACAGAUGUUCUUCAGAUAACUGAGCAUUCAUUACAGUCUCAUGAGUCUUGUGCUGAAGAAGAGCUGAUUCAGACUUACAUUCAGAAACUACUGAUGAUGAACUACAGAGCAAGAUACAUUACAAAUAAAGAGAUCAGUGGACCACAGCACACACAACAAAGACACACUGACUCACCUGAAGAUGAGAGUGAUAUUUUUGAAAGCAUGAAUUUGUCUAAUAAAGGAACCAGUCAGUCUGAUCUCAUUCACCCGAUGGAUGUCCAGAUGGCUGUGUUUCAUUGUGCUGAUGCUCUCCUGAAGCAGCUGAUGGUCACUAAACUGUCCCAGUGUCAGUUCGCUCUUCCUCUGCUUGUUCCUGAUCCAGACACACGACAGAUUGAGUUUCCUCUCUGGACAUUCAGACAAAUCAACAAGAGCUGGAAGAUGAGAAACACCAGCAAUCAGAUCAUCAGUCAAACCCAGCCAACCUACAGAGCACAAACUCCAAUGGUGUUCUUCUUCAGGUUCGGCACUGUGUCUUCAUCCAAGUCUCAGCUGAUGAACCGUCUGAUCAAUGAGAAACACAACACGUUCUUCCACAGGAACUGUCCCGGCAGCAGCAGAUCCAGAGUCCUGAUGGACGGAGUGGUGGAGAUCUCCUGGUUCUGUCCUUCUGGAUCAGAUGAUGAUAACUUCACUGAGUGUGUAGCGUUCUGUAAUCUACACGGAGAUGCAGGAGAACAUGAGAAACAGCUGCAGAUCCUCACUCACAUGAGCUCAGUCAAUGUUGUUCUUCUGCCACAACUUCAGAGGAAUGAUAGAAAUAUGAUAACACUUCAAAAUCUCUACAAGGACUCUAAGCCACUCAUUUGUGUUCUCACUGAGGAUGAGUCAACCAUCAUUGAGACACGGAAAGGAAAAUACAAGAUCGGUCUGAAAAACAGAAAUCAGCUAGAAGUAUCUGAAGAGCUCAGAAGAGCUAUAAAUGAUUGUCUCUCAGAAUCCUCUCACACUUUCAGACUUGAAGAUGUGUCCAAACACUCAGACAUCAGAGUAGAUGAGGAUGAUGAUGAUAACUGCAAGAGAGGAAGAGAAGCAGCACAGAAGAUGAUGAGUUUACUGAAGAAGAAAGAUCUGACAGAAAUCAAAGAAUCAUUUCUUCCUCAUCAGGGGAAACUGUGGCAUCAGUGGAGUCAGAAGAACAGAGAACUACAUCAACCUCGAGGAGAUGAAGGAGAAAUGGAGAUGAAGAAACUCCGUCAACAGCAGCAUGAAUCUGACAUCAGUGAGUUUAUGAAGAUCUUUAUUAAAGAAAUGAACUCAAAUAUUGACCAUAAGAUGUUUUUGCUCAGAUGGCUCAGAAUCCUCCUGGAUGAACAUACAUCAGCUGAUCUUUCUGCUCUACAUAACAAGUAUGAUGAAAAAUGGUCAACAGUCUUAAAAUCUAAAGAUGACAAUGAUAAAUCUGAACAACUCACAUCUGAAUUUGAGAGAAUAUCUGAGGAGAUUGAAGCUUCAGUCUUUGGUGUGGUGCACAUCAUGAGGGAGAUGGCUCAGAUCUAUGAAUCAUGUUCAUCUGUGAAGAGAAACAAGAAAGACCUGCAGGUUCACUUCUCUUCUCUCCCGAGUCUCGCAGCACAGAUGAUGAUCUCUGGAUUUCCACUGGAGCUGAUGGAUGGAGAUGCUGCUCAUGUUCCUGUGAUCUGGAUCUCUGCUGUUCUAGAUCAACUCAUCCAGAAACUGGGAGACCAGAGAGUCUUUGUGCUGUCAGUUUUAGGGCUUCGAGGCUCUGGGAAAUCCACCAUGAUGAACGCCAUGUUUGGACUCCAGUCUGCCGUCAGUGCUGGAAGAUCAACCAGAGGAGCUUUCAUGCAGCUGAUCAGAGUCUCAGACGAGAUGAAAACACUGAUGAACACUGACUAUAUUCUGGUUGUUGAUACUGAGGGUCUUCGUGCUCCAGAACUGUCUGGAAGAUCAACAAGACAUCAUGACAAUGAACUGGCCACAUUUGUUGUAGGUCUUGGAGAUCUGACACUGAUCAACAUCUUUGGAGAAAACCCAUCUGAGAUGCAGGACGUUCUUCAGAUUGUUGUUCAGGCCUUCAUGAGGAUGAAGAAGGUCAGACUGAAUCCCAGCUGUGUGUUUGUGCAUCAGAACGUUUGGGACGUCACAGCUGGAGAGAGAAACAUGGAGAGAAUGAGACGACUGCUGGAGAAACUGGAUGUGAUGACAAGACUCGCUGCUGAAGAGGAAGACAGUGAUGCUGAGUGUUUCAGUGACGUCAUUAGAUUUGAUGUUCAGAGAGAUGUGAAGUAUUUCUCUCAGCUCUGGGAAGGCAGUCCGCCCAUGGCUCCACCAAACCCAAACUACAGUGAGAACAUUCAAGACCUGAAGGAAACUAUUAUUACUUAUGUCUCAAAAUCAGAUGGAACGAGGCUGAAAGACUUCAGAGUUCGUAUUAAUGAUCUCUGGGAGGCAUUACUGAAUGAACGAUUCGUCUUCAGCUUCAGAAACUCUCUGGAGAUCUCAGCUUACAGGAAACUGGAGACAGAAUACAGGAAGUGGUCCUGGAGUCUCCGCAGUGCCAUGAUGGAAACUGAGAACAAACUACACAACCAAAUAGAAAAUGAAGCAAUUUAUGAGAUUGAAGAAACCGGUCUUAAAAUAGAACUGAAGAAGACAAGAGAAGAAGUGGAGAAAUCAAUGUCUGAAUUCUUUGAGAAACACAGAUAUAAAUAUAUACUGAUUCAGUGGAAAACAUCAUUUGAAAUCAAAAUCAAAGAUCUUCAGGAAAACAUUGUGAGAGAAACACAGAGAAGAUUAAAUGAGGUUCUUCAGCAGCGAGACCUGAAGAAAGAGAUUGAUGCUCAGAGAAUACAUCAUGAAAACACUCUCUGUGAAAAGAGCAAAGAACUCGCCUUAAAACUCAGAGACAGAACAACUGAUGAAGAAACACUGAAGAAAGAGUUUGAUGUGUUCUGGGAACAGAGUGUGAAGAUGAUCAUCAGAGAUACUCCAACGAUCAGAGACAUUGAUAUAAUGAGAGACGUGAGAGAAAUACUCAGUGACAGCUAUAAAAGUGUUUCUGUAGAUCACUGGAGAGAGAAAAUAUCACUGCUCUCUGUGCAGAGUUAUUCAGAAUAUGUGAGGGUUAAGAGAUCCAGUGAAUUUACAGGAGCUUUGAGAAAUGUGCACAGAUUAGUUAACGAGAUGUAUGGUUUGAUUCUCUCUAAAGAGGAUGAAGCCCAAAUAAGAUCAUUCAUCACAGAUGUUGUUCAGCAGACAGACAGAAUGAUUCAGACAUUUAACAUCUCAAAGAUGGGCUACAACAUCAGCUGCCUUCAACAAAUCACAGAUUACAUCAGAGCAAGAGUAACACAACAUGAGGAAGGACGAGUGAGAUAUGUGUUCAAGAAUGAGUUCUUCAUGGAUUUGGUUCUGUCCAUCUGUGAGAGAGCAAACAAGAAGAUCACUGACCAACACACACUGUUCAGAGAAAACCAUGAUCCUGUAAUAUAUGUAGAGAAGAAGAGAGAGGAAUACUAUAGUGUUUUCCAGAAAUACUGUCAUGGAGCCGCAUCAGCUGCUAUGUUUGGUCAGAUCAUCUGUCAGAAACUGAAAGAGCUCAUUGAACUGAGUGUUUACAAGAGAACUGCCAGAGAUUUAGCAGGUGAAAUAAGAUCAAACUGUGAAUCACUAAAUAGAAACAGAUCACAUCUGGAGAAAUACAUCCUGAAGAGACUGGCAGAAGAGGAGGACUUCGACAAAUACAUGAACUACAUUAAAACUCCCAGAGAUCACUUCAAGAGUUUCAUCAGAGAUGAAGUCAGCCGGUACAUCACUGAUCAGUUCAGAGUCAGUGUUUUACCCAAGAUGAAGGAGAACAUUAAACUCCUGGAGCAGAAGAUCAUGAGAGCAGCUCAUCAAUCUACUGACCGUGUUCAAGAGAACAGAGAUGAAUCUACUGAACGAGAUGUUGGUUUGUGGUUGAAGAGUUUCACACAGCAGAUCUCAGAUGAUCUGAUCUUCUCUGAGGAACACCUCAGUGGAGUCAAACAUGAUGAUGUUGAUGAUAUCAAUCUCCUAGAAGAUGUGAUAAAGAGAGAACUUCCUACUAUAAUGUCUGAGAUCAGCAGGAGAUUAAACACAGAGUCAUUUCCUCUGAAACUGGACUAUAAGUUCAGACCAGAUGGGGUUCUGAUAGAUCACUUCUGUCAGUGCUGUUGGGUUCAGUGUCCGUUCUGUGGAGCCACCUGCACAAACACCACAGAAGACCAUCCUGGAGAUCACAGUGUUACUUUCCACAGAGUCACUGGAGUUAAUGGACAUUUCUACAGAGGAACAACAAACUUGUGUAUAAACAUCUGCACAUCAGAUGUAGCAAGUGAUCAAUGUUUUUAUCCCGAUGGAUCAGAUGAUAGAGUCCUCUAUAGAGAGUACAGAAGAGCAGGAGGUGUUUAUGAGAAGUGGAGCAUCACUCCUGAUCUCUCUGAACAGAUCUACUGGAAGUGGUUUGUGUGCAGAUUCCAGAGAGAUCUGGAGAAAUACUAUGAGAAAACAUUUGAGAGGAUUGGAGAGAUACCAGAGGAAUGGAGGACAUACACAAAACAUGAAGCCCUUGAGAGUUUGGAGAAAAACUUUUAAAAUAUAUAAACUUAUAAAGCAAAACACUUUAAAAACAAUGUUUCAGAGUCUUUUAGCCCUAAUGAAACUUGUUUGAGAGAAAUCAAACUAAUCUAGAAUAAAUACAUAAAAUAUAUGAUAUGAUAUUACAAUAAUGCACAUAGUGAACCAGGAAACUGGUGAUUUAUGUGACGCACUGAUUAGGGAAGAAGUCUUCUACUUUUACUUCCAGGAGAUAACAUGAUCAUAUCAAGCCCAGAAACAAAAGGAAACCAUCAGCUUCUGUUCUGAGCAAA